AUGGAAGCUUCUCUCGGAGUCUUCAAAUUUAAACCUCAUCUUACCGAUUCUCAUAUAUUGGCUCAAAAUAGUUUUUUUAUUUAUGUAACAUUUUCCAAUAUCAAUAAACUUGAACUUGAACAAAAAGAAGUAAAAUAUAAAUACAAGAUGUAUGAGAACAUUGAGAAGUCGAUAAAAGCUGAGAUUUAUGUACACAACCGGUUUGACUGUUACGUAUUUGGGAUAAAAGGGAUUCCUUUUUGUUCUGUCUAUCCUCAUGGCAUAACCGACUUUGACUUGAAAUAUCUACCGAACAACAACGACAAAGUGGAAAAAGGUGAAGAAGAGGGAAAGGGACGAAAUGAAAGUGAGAAUGCCGGCAUUGGUGCCAAGUUCGUGGUCUUGAUUCACUUUUUCUUAUUUCCGACCACUUAUCAUCUUCAAAUUCAUUUGACUCAUCGCAAUACUCGAAUUGUUUCGACUUUGAAUGCCUUAAGUGGAGUUUUGGUUCACGUUGUGUUAAAUUUGGCAACAGCUCGUCUAUAG